GGAGAGGAGAGAGAGGAGAGAGAGAGAGAGAGAGGAGUUAAUGGAGAGGGUACAACUGCGCACAAACAGAUUUGAUCACAGAGUUUAAAUGCUGGUGCCGGUCAGUGAAGCCAUCCGCUGCGCAGAACCUCCACUCACUUGUUGAGCCUGGCUGUGAAAACGGUUGUUCUUCUGAAAGAGCGGUUCAGGAACUCUGCGUGGAGCUGGAUUCCAUUUUGGACGUAUUAUUAUGACAACAGCUUUGUUGCAUUUGUAAUGUAGGGGUGAUCGGAAGCAAGCGCGGAACCUGUGGAUUUAACUGAAAGAAACACGGAUUUGGGACAGUUUAUUUCUUAUCUCGUGACUUGUACCGAUUUGCUUCGGAGUGCAUGAACAUUUACUAAAGAAAAAAAGCAACAAAAGCAAUGGAAGUAAGUUCGGAUCAGCCAAGAUGGAUGAGCCAUCAUCUGAAUGAGCAGCACCCCGGCUCACAUCACCCGGGCCUCGGCCACUCAUACAUGGACCCUUCGCAGUACCAGCUACCUGACGAUGUGGAUGUACUCUUUAAUAUCGACGCGCAGGGGAACCACGUCCCUCAAUACUAUGGAAACUCAGUGCGAGCCGUCCAGAGGUACCCUCCUCCUCCACACAGUAGCCAGGUGUGCCGUCCCUCAUUACUGCACGGCUCCCUGCCCUGGCUGGAGGGCAGCAAAGGCAUCGCCCCGCACCACAGCACGUCUCCCUGGAACCUGAGCCCCUUCCCCAAAAACCCCCUGCACCACGGCUCCCCGGCAGGCCUGUCCGUCUACCCCUCCGCUUCCUCCUCCUCCCUGUCCACCGGUCACUCCAGUCCGCACCUCUUCACGUUUCCCCCGACCCCGCCAAAAGACGUGUCCCCGGACCCCGGCAUGUCUAACUCCGGGAGACAGGAGGACAAAGAGUGCAUAAAGUACCAGGUGACCCUGGCCGAGAGUAUGAAACUGGAGUCAGCUCACAGCCGGAGCGUGGCAUCAAUCGGAGCAGGGUCUUCCUCUGCCCACCACCCACUCGCCUCAUACCCAUCUUAUGUCCCUGAAUACGGCCCAGGCCUCUUCCCACCAAGUAGCCUGAUAGGUGGGUCAUCCUCUAGUUAUGGUUCCAAAACAAGACCAAAAUCAAGGUCCUGUUCAGAAGGUAGAGAGUGUGUGAACUGCGGGGCCACGUCUACUCCGCUGUGGAGGGACGGUACGGGUCACUAUCUGUGUAACGCCUGCGGACUCUAUCACAAGAUGAACGGGCAGAAUCGCCCUCUCAUCAAACCCAAGCGGCGGCUGUCUGCAGCCAGACGCGCCGGGACGUCGUGUGCAAACUGCCAGACCACGACGACGACGCUGUGGCGGAGAAACGCCAACGGGGACCCGGUGUGUAACGCCUGCGGCCUGUACUACAAACUGCACAAUAUCAACCGACCUCUGACCAUGAAGAAGGAAGGCAUCCAGACCCGGAACAGGAAGAUGUCCAGCAAGUCCAAGAAGAGCAAAAAGUCCCAGGACGGCAUGGACGACUUCUCCAAGAGCCUGAUGGACAAGAGCUCCUUCAGCCCGGCCGCCCUCUCCCGCCACAUGUCGUCCUUCCCUCCCUUCUCGCACUCCGGCCACAUGCUGAGCACCCCCACACCCAUGCACCCCUCCUUCGCCCCCCACCACCCUUCCAGUAUGGUCACAGCCAUGGGUUAGAGCUCCCUGCGCUGCCCCGCCCCUGAACCCUCGCCACCACCACACCCCCUCGGUACCUCUGCUGACCUGCUUCCAUAUCCUAAAAGACAAAUAAACUGCUCCUCGGUCCGAUCUAAGCCCCCCCUGUCCCCCCACCAGCUACGGUGCGAGAACGACAGGCUUCCGGCUUCUUAUCCUCUUCCUCAGUUGUAUCUUAUUUUUAUAAACACAAAAGUGUACCUCUGCGAUGUGAAUGCUUUGCAGACUUGACUGUGGCGCACUGACCUCCAGGGGGAAGAUGUUGUUCUCCUCCAACCAGGGGAACUUUUUUUUCUCCUUAUCCGACGCCGCCUCCACCACAUAGAGGCUGUCCUCCCAGCUGAUCCACAUGAUAAGGAGCUCCAUUUGUGUACAAAAAGCCAUUUUUCCACACCACGAACAUCACAAAAACAGACUUUUACAACGACCUCUCCAGAAGUUUCCACUCCCACCUCUCUUCACCUUGCACCUGUGUAACAGGAAAACCCCCCGCUCCCCUUGUUCUUCUUACUGGAGAUAGACGUUGAAUAUAUUUGUACAAAUUGUAUGAAAUACAGUACAUUUAAUGAAGACUUUUUAAUUAAGUAAGAAAAAAAAAGGAAACAUGCCCGGGCAGCUAAUGACGACGAGAAGGGUACGAGUCGCAGCAGUAGGAGAGACUUGCCGCCUGAGGAGUGAGGAAAGGACACCUACGAGUCCCUGAGGAGAGAGAAAAGGGAGGAGGUGAGGGACGAGACUUGAGAAAGGGCAGGCCUCGGUUUUUGCCUGCGUGAAUUGUGUUGCAUUAAGUUUGCAGAGAGUCAUCAGCUCUGGCUCUCACCUUUUUUUUUUGGAUGUGCUAUAGGUCUCGGGCAAUUGGUUUGUGUUGACACAUGCGUACACACCACACACACACACACACACACACACACACCACACACACACACACACACACACACACACCACACACACACACACACACACACACACACACACACACACACACACACACACACACACACACACACACACACACACACACGACCUGAAGACAUUCUUCCUGCCCACAGAUUAUAUGCAUUGUGAAAAAAGUUCCUGUAUUUGUUAUUUGUAUGUAUAAAUCAGAGUACCAAAAAUACGAAAUAAACAAAGAUGUAGAAUUAUUUCUUUAUGUUAUGCAGACUGAAUGGUUGUAAAAAUUUAAUAAUAAUCACUAGUGUAAAAUAUGACUGCUUUUUUGUUUCGUAAUUUUUUUUCCUCUUUGAAAAUAAUAAACUAGUUUAAUCUCUGUUGACAUGUUA